AAUUUCCUUCUUUAAAAUCCUUCCCCACUUCCCCAUUUUGACAUCACUUUCUCUUGAAAGGUUUAAAGCUUGAUUAUAUCUCAGCAAACAAACAUUCAAGAAUUUCAAGCUUUCUUUUCAGAAAUGGCAUCAAGAACCGUAGCCUCGAUGGCCUUCCUUCUCUCCCUCAACCUCCUCUUCUUUACUUUGGUGAGCUCCACCUCCACUUCUUGCCCAAAAGAUACUGUAAAACUUGGUGUAUGUGUCAAUUUGUUGAAAGACUUAUUAAGUGUUACAGUUGGUACCCCGCCGAAAACCCCUUGCUGCAGCCUCAUUGCAGGCCUUGUUGAUCUCGAAGCAGCUGCUUGCCUUUGCACCACAAUUAAAGCUGAUGUCGCCGGCAUCAAAUUGAACCUUCCAAUUCACUUGAGUCUGUUGCUCAACUACUGUGGGAAAAAGGUUCCCCAAGGAUUCAAGUGUUCUUAUUAAAUAUUGCUUCUUUUCUUCAUUUCUUUUCUAUCUGAAUAUGGUCAUGGUAUGUUUCAGAUAUGUUUAUUGGCGUAUAUGCUAUAAGCAUUAAAUUAAUAAGUUUUUGGAGUUAUUUUUAUUUUUUUAUGUUGAAAUUUGAAAGGCUUCUUGCCUUUUCUCCUUCAUCACUGUAUUCUUUUAUUGUAUUAUUUGUACUACUUUUUCAGAAUGAGAAAAUAAGAUGCAAUUGUUCUUUUCA